UGGGUGGGCCAAGGUGGUGCGAUGAGGAUGGGGCGUGGAAGGAAAUGGAAAUUUCUGGAACCACAAUGUGAAAGACCUUCCUCUCGCCUUUCCCUCCCUUUCAAAAUCCUCUGCAUUUUGCGCUAAUCAACAAUUAUCACAACACUCAGCACUGCACAAGUGGUUCUCACUCUUUUCGUUAAACUGCGAUGAGGGGCUACGAUACAGAUGGUUACGAUGAUUAUGAGGAAGGGGAUGAAUAUGGAGAGGAUGGCGAGGAAGAAUACGUAGAGGAAGAACCUCCUAAGCCAACAAAGGAAGAACUGCAUUACCUGGAACUGAGGCAGAAGUUGAAAGAAUCGAUUAGAAAGCAGAUGAAAAAGGAGAACAGUAAUUCCCUUUUAGAUUCUACUAGAAAGAGUAAACUUCCUUAUGAUAAUUAUGGGUCUUUUUUUGGCCCUUCUCAACCAGUUAUUGCUCAGAGAGUAAUCCAAGAGAGCAAGUCAUUGCUAGAAAACCAGCAUUUAUCAUCCAGGCUUUCUAACUCGUCCCACACUAACAAAAACACAAAUAAAGUAUCUAAGGGUGUAUUGAACUCCUCAGUUCGUCAUAAUAUUCCACCCAAAGUCAGUGAGCAGAAACAGGCUAAAGCCCAGAAACUCAAGGUUACUAGAGAUUACUCGUUUCUUUUGUCUGAUGAUGUGGAGUUUGCUGCUCCUGAGAGAGAAACCCCAUCUCAUAAAACACUUGUACAUAAUUCUGCACGGUCAGGUCAAGUUGCUAGGAAGAAUGUCAAUGGUGGCAAGAUUGGCCGUGGCUGUGAUGAAAAUCGAAAACAUGUUACUGGGCCUGGUCAUUUGGCUCCUAAAUCAGGGUCCAAUUAUAAGAUAAGUUCUAUCAACAGGUACAGUAAGGCAUCUGUGGAUUCUAGAAAACAACUUAGUAGUAACAGUGGGAAUGGACUGGUUCGUCCUUUAAAGAUGCCUGUUAGUACCUUGGGGAAUAAAUCAUUAGCACCUGAUAUGAAAAAUCCUGUAAAUGGAGUGCAUAAACCUCUCUCCUCAAAGUUGCAUUCUGCAAGUGGUGCUCAGAAGCCUCUCUCUUCAAAGGUGCACUCUGUAAAUGGUGUGCAGAAACCACUCUCUUCGAAGCUGCAUUCAACUGUGCCAAAGCAGAGUCUGGAACAAAGAAACAGCCUACAAGAACAGAAUAAAUCAAAAAUGAUAUCAAAACAACCAGUGGCAUCAACCAAAGCUCAGAUAAAUAAGCCACUUAAACAAAUCCCAAAGCAAUCUAAUUUGCAAGAUCAACGUCCUAAGAAUAAAGUGAGGAAACGAUGCGAUGAUGAGGCAGAGGAUGAAAUGGAUGUUAGUAGAAUGAUCAGAUCAAUGUUCAAUUACAACCCCAAUAAAUUUGUUGAUGAGGACGACGAUGCCGAUAUGGAGGUUGGCUUUGAUGAAAUCAUGAAGGAGGAAAGGAGGAGGUUGGUUUUUCUAAGCCUAAAAUUGAAAUCGGAUAAUUGCUACCAUAUUCAAAUCACACUUUCAGUUGUUUAUUUAGUUGAACGACCUAACUUGAAAAGAAAAACCUUUGGGGUGUUUUGAGUUGUCAAAACUGAAUCACAAACUUAAGUAUUUAAAUUUUCUACUCAAUACGCCAGACAACUUUUUCUGCAACCUCAAACACCAUCCAAAAACAGAAAAAAAUCCAUUCCUUUUUUUUUUCUUGAUACUUUUUUUACGGAAGUAAUUUCUUUACCUCUAACCUCAUCUUUUAUUCUCUCUUUUCCUUCUCUCCCAAAACUGUCGUGUUAGGCAAUGAACUUUGAACCACAUUGCAAGUUGCGUUGACUUAACUGCCUGAAUGCAUACUUGUACUGCAUGGUUCUGUUUUUGCCGUAUUUCAAUGUGAAUUAAAGUUACUCUUCAAUUUCUUUCUAUAAUGGAAUCUUCUCUGAAACUAAUUUAUGUCUAUAAUUGUAUAACACGUAUAUAUUUAUUUAUUUAUUGGUGAAUUGCACAACAUUUACUUUUUCUCUGUUGCUCGUUGCUUUAUUUUUGAAUGAAGUGUAGGCUAAUAUUCGUAAGUAUCCUUUUAUACUUUAUAAAAAGUCUUGAAUGAGAAAAAUGUAUUUAAAAUAACGGGAAUGAAAAAUAUUCAACACAUUCAUUAGUAGUAGUUAUUGGAUUUGGAUAAUUAUAGGAUUAUUAAUUAGGAUAUACCAACGAAUACCCUUAAAUAUUAAGGAAGACGUACUAUCAAAUAUUUCCUUGCACACAAACGAUGAAUGGUUGUUGUGUUUUCAGGAUAAAAAAUUACUCUUGUUUUUUUAACUAAUGUUCUGAAGUCAUUUGUUAGGAUUCUUAUAAUCUGCUGCAGCGUAGAACUGUCUUUUCAUAGUUUUGUUUUGUUGCCUUAUAAAUGCCGGUGAUGUGAUUAUUUGUAUUUAGUUAAAUUUCUGGUUAUCACUUUUUGGUUUAGGAAGUUUAUUUUUUUUAGGGUUAAUGAGUUUGUGUAAUAUUGUGUCGCAGUGCCAAAAUCGCCAGAGAGGAGGAUGAGGAGCAGCUUAGGUUGAUACAAGAGGAAGAGGAAAGAGAGCAGAGACGACUAUUGUCCAAGAAGCGUAAGCUUGGCCAUUAGCGUUCUACAAUCAAAUCACACUCCAUAAUUUGCUUUCCAUUCCGUGUCAAUAUUUUUGUUCAGAUCAUAAUCAAAUUCCCAUCGUCCAGGCUGUUGUUCCAUCAUUAGAUUUGCAUUUAGCCAAUGCUUCCAUGUUGAUUAAAUAAUUUUUUUUUUGGAAGUGAUGUUAUCAAAAGGAUUAUGCUAAUUGUAUAUUUUUUUAACAUUAAUCAUACAAAUUACAGUUAGUUAUUUCUAAA